ACUUUUGGAAUUUGCAUCGCAUUCGCUGCAGCUGCAGCGACGGAUUAGCGGAAGGAGGAGGAAGGAAGGAGACAGAAGGUGAUAGAUGCGAGAGCGACAGCGAUUUCUGUCGAAUUCGCCGGGUUCCUGUUCUGCUGCUGCUUCCAACUCUCUCUCUCUCUCUCUCGAAAGAAAGAGUGGCAUAAGCUUGGCGGAGGAGAGCAUCCAUGCUGGAUUUUGGAGUCGACUUGAUUUUUGCUUGGAACAGAGUGGAUAAGACGUUGGAAGUAAAAACAGAGGGAGGCAGAAGAAAGGAUUGAUUACAGGUUUUGAUGCUUGCCGGGCCAGAGAUCUUCUCUUUUAGUGUAGGGGAGCUCAAGGGAGUAGCAAAUGAGUAACAAAUGGGAGUGGUGCCGAUAAGUGAUUCCUGAAAAGAGAUGAUCAAGAGGCAAGCUGUUUGAGUCGCAUUUGUGUAGGCAGAAGUGAUGAAUUUUUAUCAUUAUUAUUCGAAUUUUUGCAACCGCAUCACGCAAAUAUCUUCUAAUUCGAUUCAGGCUUCCGAGUUGUUCAAAACUAAAGUUGUUGUUGUUGUGUGUUUUUUUUUUUUUUUUUUUUUUUUUGAAAUUUUGAAAUUUUGAAUUUUUGAUAGUUCUAUUAUGUGUGCAAGUUGUACAGUAGGUCAUAGACAUGGAGUACCGGUAUCUUUGUGUUCUUUUUUGCGACUGUCCCUUGUAUUUUUCAAGACUCAAUUCUUGCUCCUGCAUUCGUUGAAAGCUUUCCAACUAACAUCCAGUACAGUUUACGUCUGAAAUGGACACACGGUAGUGAAUUCGAAUUUUGUUUGUGGACAUCUUGAUAGAAAACGACACUCGGAUUUGAGACGGUCACUACUGAAGACAUUCGUAAUGUGAUGGCAGAGUCACCAAGAUUUAAAAGGAUGGAACGAAGGUUUUUUUGAAGAGGGAGAAAAAUGUUUUCAGGGUUUUAGGAACUCAUGCGCAUAAGACGUUCUGUUUUUGUGUCUACAUGUGUGCUAGUUUCUGGUAGGGAAGGCAAUCAACACAUUGGAAAUAUGAUUCGCUGUAGUGAAUGAGUGGUGUUCGUUUCACUACUCGUAAGAAAGCGCUUUGUUGCUCGUUUUUAUUUUUCUUUACUUUAAUUUUGUGCUUGGUCUUGUAUAGAGAAAUCCCGAGUUUCUAAUCGAUUAUGUUUAUCUAAAUUUCUCAAUGUUGUUGCUUUUGCAGUGAAACUAGUCUAGAUUGAAUGCGCACAAAUUUCUCCUAGAGGAAUUGGGUAAACAAUGAUAAGCGACCUUGCCUGUAACUUUCUUUUGUGAUUCAUUCAGUAUGGAGUUUUCAAUGUUGUACAAUGAAUACCGACCGUGCAGGCUACUCCUUGCAGGGAACACUAUUGAUACUGAAAACAAACACCAGGUGCAGAGGAAAAGUUUCUAAUACCUUGCAUGACUGUAAAGCAGUGCUUGUAGUUUCUUUGGCACAUCAUGCAACGUCAUUUCAGAGCCUACGCUCAGAGUGCUACACACUGGACAAGGACAAUUUUCUCUAUGAUUUCACAGAUUGGAUAGGCAAGGAGUUUCAAUAUACUGAGGCGCAGGAUGGGUCAACAUACACACUUCGUUUUUGCAAAGACAUGCAAGUCAGAUCUGGCCAGUCAAUUGUAAAUUAUGGUCGCUUCUCACCGGAGUACUCUUCCGCGCAGGAUACUACUAUUGCUUUUGUUCACGAAUACAGGUACGGUGACUUGAAAGGAUGUGAACAUGAAGGUUAUGACUACAGCGGCAGGAGCUCCAUGGUUUCCGUCAUGUGUGGUUCAUGUCCCAAUUCAAAUGCAUGCCAAGAUCACGACGGUUGCAUAUGCCACGUGGAAUCAGAGCCGUCAAAAUGUUUGACUACUGUGAUGAUGGGUCUGAAUUGUGUGAAGCUGAAAGGGCCUCGAGUUUUCAGCGGAUUUACUGUUGGAUUUAGUCCCCGGGGUAAAGAAGUGGUUGAUAAUGGUAUUACACAAUGGGGUUAUGAAAGUUUACACUCUGAUUUUAGUUUUGUAACACAACAAUCGCGGGUUCUUGUAUAUUUCACGGCACGAAGCAUUUUAGCAAGCAAAAUUGGGAAGCCUCAGUACAAGUUGUAUCCAGAGACGGGUUUGAAAGUGGAACUCUCAGGGACAGCUUCGAAUGGGCUGCCUCCUACCGUCGAGUCACCUACCAUCUUGGAAGUUAACUGGCGAUGUGAAAAAAAGGCACCUACGCCUUACUUGGUGAAUGUGACCAUUCCUUUCGCAGAUUAUAACCCUGUGGUGUUCACUUUGGGCAAACACUGCGAUUACGAAGAUGAUGUGGAGCGCAGCGGUUCAAGUGGAUGGGCAACUUUUGGUUUCUUGAUGUUUAUAUUAAUUGUGGGGCUUACCAUGUUCUGCUGUGCUGGUUGUCUUUACAAAACUAGGAUUGAAGACAAGCAUGGCUUGGACGCGGUACCAGGCUUCUCUUCAUUUGUGGGCUUCGUAGAGUCUACAAGCGGAGAUCGGGGUGGGUAUGUCCCUGCUACUGAUGCUACUAAUAUCAUUAUCUCCAACAGCGGCUCGAGUAGCGGCAGCGGCAACCAUAGCCAAAGGCUGCCACGAAGUUCUGAUGGACUCAGUUAUGGGGCUGUUUAGACAACAGUGCUUCAGAUCAGCACAAUCAGUCUUGGCGUUUGUUUGAUACAAUCGAGAGGUUCUUAGUAUUAGUUUGAGUCUGAAGGACACAAAGUAUUGAUUAGUGAGGGAAUCUACCUUGUCUUAUUGGAGUCUCAUCAAUAUAGCAUUUUUAUGCUGUUUUUCAGUGGAACGUACUCGUUCUUUUGGCUGUUAAAUGUUUGCUUAUUGAUGCACUUAUAUUAAUGUCUGGAAGUGUAUCAACGCUUAAAAUUGUAGCUUUUUUACACUUUUAUA